AUGCCUGGUACUCUAAACAUCCCCUUGCCCCAAGGUGCUGGCUACGCCAUCGUGGUCGGUCUGGGUAUGGUUUUCUCCGUCGGUAUGAUUCUGACGACCUUUGUCCUGCGUCGCUACCAAAAAGAAAUCAUCACCUCCGAAGAGUUCUCCACAGCCGGUCGUUCUGUCAAAACUGGCCUGAUCUCCGCCGCUGUCGUCUCCUCCUGGACAUGGGCCGCCACUCUCCUGCAGUCCUCCACCCAAGCUUACAGGAACGGUAUAUCCGGACCCUUUUUCUACGCUGCCGGGGCAACUUGCCAGAUCAUUUUAUUCGCCUUCAUCGCUAUCAAGGCCAAGCAAAAGGCACCAGAAGCUCACACCUACCUGGAAAUCGUGAAGGCCAGGUACGGUUCCGCCGCACACGGUGUCUUUAUUUUCUUCGCCUUCGCAACUAACGUUCUAGUCUCUGCAAUGUUGCUUACUGGUGGCUCCGCCUCCAUCAGCGACGUCACAGGCAUGAAUACCGUCGCCUGCAUCUUCCUCCUACCCGUAGGUGUCAUGGUAUACACCCUUUUUGGUGGUAUCAAAGCUACUUUUUUGACCGACUACGUCCACACCAUCGCCAUCGUCGUAAUUAUUUUGACCUUCGCGUUUACUACCUACGCGACGAGCGACGUUUUGGGCUCGCCCGGCAGAGUCUGGGAACUUAUAACUCAAGCUGCAAUAGACCAUCCUGUUGAAGGUAAUGCUGAAGGCUCUUAUCUAACAAUGCAUUCAAGAUCCGGAGGAAUAUUUUUUGUUAUCAACAUCGUGGGCAAUUUCGGCACCGUUGGGCUUGACAAUGGCUACUGGAACAAGGCAAUUGCUGCCUCUCCAGCAGCAGCUUUGCCAGGUUAUAUUUUGGGUGGGUUGGCGUGGUUCGCAAUCCCAUGGCUAACGGCUACAACUAUGGGGCUGGCAUGUUUGGCUUUAGAGUCAACACCGGCUUUCCCAACGUACCCAAAUAGAUUGACUCCAGAUCAAGUGUCAGCGGGCUUGGCUUUGCCAAGUGCAGCGGUCGCCUUGAUGGGUAAAGGUGGAGCAGUUGCCACUUUAUUCAUGAUUUUUAUGGCAGUUACUUCAGCAAUGUCUGCUGAAUUCAUUGCAGUCUCUUCUAUUUUCACGUAUGACAUCUACAAGGGAUACGUCAACCCUAAAGCAAGCGGUAAAAGAUUAAUUCUUAUGUCUCAUGCUUCUAUGGUUGUUUUCUCGUUAGCCAUGUCUGGUUUUGCCACUGGUCUUUAUUAUGCUGGAAUUUCUAUGGGAUAUUUAUAUGAGUUAAUGGGUAUCAUAAUAUCGGCAGCUGUGUUUCCGGUAGCAUUGACUCUACUGUCCAAAAGACAGAAUACGAUUGCUGCCAUCUGGUCACCCAUCUUGGGUACAGGUUUGGCAAUCAUGUCGUGGUUGGCUUGCACAAAGGGAAUGUAUGGGUCAAUUACAGUUGCGAAUACUUUUGAAGAUGACCCUAUGCUUGUUGGUAAUGUGGUUGCGUUACUAUCGCCGUGUAUUUUUUCUCCACUCUUGACGCUUAUCUUCAAGUCGCAGAAUUUUGACUGGGAGAUUUUGAAAAGUAUCAAAAGAGUGGAUGAGUUUGAAGAGUUGGAAGAUGUGAUUGAGCCAAGAUCUAGCAUAUUGAUGGAAAACAGCGCAAACGAGGAGAAUUCCUCGAAUACUGAGAAAUUAAAUCCGAUCACGUCGCAAGUUUCAGAGGUAGUAAAUCACUUGGUAGAUGAACGUCGUGUUAUGGAAAUGAAGGAGGAAGAGGAGCAUCUGAGGAAAGCGUCCAAAUACGCGGGUUACUUAUGUCUAUUUUUGAGUAUCGCUAUGCUGGUUGUUUGGCCAAUGCCGAUGUAUGGAUCGAGCUAUAUUUUCUCGAGGAAGUUUUUCACUGGGUGGGUGGUGGUUGCUAUCAUCUGGAUGUUCUUUACUGGGUUUGCGGUUAUCAUAUUUCCAUUGUAUGAAGGUAGAAAUGGUAUAUACACAACUUUCCGUGGUAUUUACUGGGACUGCACCGGACAGACACAUAAAUUGAGGGAAUGGCAAAAUGAGCACCCAGAGGAACUCCACGUUGUCCAAAGUCAGUUAUCUGCUGAAGUUCGCAGACGUGCGGCCAAUAUCGAUGACAACCUAGGGGAUGCACCUUGA